AACGUUGUUGCUAUGCUUAUUUAGAUUCAUGAUAUCGAUCAAGUUGUAGAUUGUGUAUUUUUCAUAUUUAUUAAACAUUGAACGAUCUAUGUACUAUCAUCGGUUAAUUCAAAUUUAAUUUCAAGCCUUCAAGCAUUACAUAAUAACUUAAAAAAGAUGGCGACAUCUGUAGCGUCUAAUCCUUCAACAUUACUUCCCCUUGAACUAGUAGAUAAAUGUAUUGGGUCAAGGAUUCAUAUCGUUAUGAAAAAUGACAAGGAAAUAGUUGGUACCUUGUUAGGGUUUGAUGAUUUUGUCAACAUGUUACUUGAAGAUGUAACAGAAUAUGAAUCCACUCCAGAAGGAAGAAGAGUUACCAAAUUGGAUCAAAUAUUGCUUAACGGAAAUAAUAUAACAAUGUUGGUUCCUGGUGGUGAAAUGCCUGGUGAAUAAUAGGACAAAAACGAAUUUACCAAUCAACAGUUAACAUCAUGAAUUCUUACCAGUAUUUAAUUAUACAUUUUAAAUUUGUCAUAUACAUUGAUUUAUGUAAAAAAUU